ACAAGCUACAUAUUUAUAUACUUAGUAUUACUAAUUGUAAAGCUUGUAUCUACCUUUAUUAUAGUUACAAAAAUUAGAAUGGAGAACAAAAAUAAAUACAAAAUCCCUGGUAAAUUGCAAAUAACUAUUCCAAAAAGAACACCUUACGAUAUUCAGAGGGUACAAGAUUAUUUGGUAUCGAAAAAUAUGACUAGAAUGGAAAAAGUGUAUCCCCAAUUUGAUGUCGUCAAGUCCGAAGAUCCGAAAGCCGAACUAGCCAGACUGCAAAUAAAAUUGCUCGAUUCUGAGGAGCUGCUUGACCAGAAAAGGAAGACUUUAGUAGAAACCAGAACAGAAUUAGACAAGCAGUGGCAAGAGCUUGAUAAUAAGGAACAGGCAUUGAGGGAAAAUUUUCGAAAAUUUGAUCAGUUUAUUAAGGAAAAUAUGGACAAACGCGAACGAGCAGAAAAGAAAAUAAAAGACGACACCAAAUUGUGCGCACAAAGAACUAAAGAUAUUGAAAAAUGUAACAAAGAUUACCAGGCUCUGAAGGACACCAAAUUCGAAAUGGACAAAAAAAUUAAAGAAUUUCGUUUAUACGAAAAUUUUCUUGAUAAAGUAGUUAACACUUCCCAAGAGUUUAUUUCUAUACAGGAUAUGAUCAAUCGUUAUAUGACUCUUUUGAGUGCUAAGCAAAGUUUGGCGAAGUUACAAGAGGAAAAUUUGGUAGCCUUAGAAAGAGCAAAAAGCGAUAUGAUGAAAUUGAUUGAAGAGAAAAACUUUGUAAUAAUGGGUCUUAACAAUCAGAUUGCAAAUCUUCAAGCACGAUUCGAAAACGCGAAAAUUAAGUCCAUUGAAUGUGAACAAUUGGUGCUUCAAAUCAAAAACAAUGCAGUACAGCAGCUUAACAACAUCGACGAAGUGAAAUCAUCAGUUUGGAACCUUUACACCCAUAUGGCACACUCCAAGAUGCACCCAAUCAAAAUAGCAAAGGAAAAUGUGGAAGAACAGAUGAUGUAUAUUAAAAGAACGCUUACAGAACUAUCGAAAGUAAAUCAAAUACUAAGAAGGAGAGCCAGGCAAAAUAAGUCCAAAUCGAAGACAAGAUAUACAUAAAUGUUAUUUAAAAUUACUUA